AGAAGAUGGCGGCCAAAGGCGGCAGGAACGGGUUGCUCGAUAAGUGGAAGAUUGACGACAAGCCGGUAAAAAUUGACAAAUGGGACGGUUCAGCUGUGAAAAAUUCUUUGGACGAUUCUGCCAAAAAGGUUCUCCUGGAGAAGUACAAGUACGUUGAAAAUUUUCGUUUGAUCGACGGCCGCCUCAUCAUCUGCACAAUCUCUUGUCUCUUCGCAAUUGUAGCUUUGAUUUGGGAUUACCUGCACCCUUUCCCUGAAUCCAAACCUGUUCUUGCAUUUUGUGUUGUAUCCUCAUACAAAGAAAAGAGUAUUUUCCUCGUAGCUCACAGAAAAGACCCUGCAGGGAUGGACCCCGACGACGUUUGGCAGCUCUCCUCCAGCCUCAAACGGUUUGAUGACAAGUACACCCUGAAGCUGACUUUCAUCAGUGGGAAAACCAAACAGCAGAGGGAAGCCGAGUUCACCAAAUCCAUCGCGAAAUUCUUCGAUAACAACGGGACGUUAGUCAUGGAGGCCUACGAGCCGGAGGUGUCCAAGCUGCACGAUAGUCUGGCCCUGGAGAGGAAAACAAAAUGAUUUCUGACACCACCUGCCUCCUGGGAACGUGCUAAAUUAACACCAAUAAAGUAAAAUAGCAAAGAAAGUGAAUCAUUGCCUCUGUUUUUGUCCUGAAAUCCUAUUCCGUUUUGGAUGAGCAGGGUUUUUAAU